AUGCAAAUUAGGCUUCACUAUGUCCAGUGGCACAGUCUUGGGUUAGAAGCUGUAUCAGGUUGCAGGCAAAGACUUUCCGUCAAGGGAUCAGGGCCUUCCAACAGAAUGGCAUGGAAUGAAACUUGCCAAAAUUGGCUGGCAGCAGAGAUUUCCCUGGAAAAGUACUACCUUUCCAUUUUUUAUGGGAUCGAGUUUCUUGUGGGAGUCCUGGCAAAUACAACUGUUGUGUUUGGCUACCUCUUUUGUCUGAAGAACUGGAAUAGCAGUAACAUUUAUCUCUUUAACCUCUCUAUCUCAGACUUGGCUUUUUUGUGCACCCUCCCCAUGCUGAUAAGAAGUUAUUCUCAAGGAAAGUGGACGUAUGGGGAUGUGCUCUGCAUAAGCAACCGAUAUGUGCUUCAUGCCAACCUCUACACGAGCAUCCUUUUUCUGACUUUUAUCAGCGUUGAUCGAUACCUGCUCAUGAAGCAUCCUUUCCGAGAACACUUUCUGCAAAAGAAAGAGUUCGCUGUUUUAAUCUCUUUGGGUAUUUGGGUUUUAGUAACCCUAGAGCUCCUGCCCAUACUUUCUCUUAUACAUCCAAAUAUAGCUGUCAAUGGCACCAACUGUAUUGAUUAUGCAAGCUCUGGGGACCCCAAAUACAACCUCAUUUAUAGCAUGUGUCUAACCUUCUUGGGAUUCCUCAUUCCUCUUUUGGUGAUGUGCUUCUUUUAUUUCAAGAUUGCUCUGUUCUUAAAGCAGAGGAGCAUACAGCUUGCUACUGCUUUGCCCCUUGAAAAGCCCCUCACGUUAGUCAUCAUGGCAGUUGUGAUCUUCUCCGUGCUUUUUACUCCCUACCACAUCAUGCGGAAUGUGAGGAUUGCUUCACGCCUGGGGAAGUGGAAGCAGUCCCGCUGUGCUCAGGCCACCAUCAACUCCUUAUACAUUGUGACUCGGCCUUUGGCCUUUCUGAACAGCACCGUCAACCCUGUCUUCUACUUCCUCAUGGGAGAUCACUUCAGGGAGAUGUUGAUGAGCAAGCUGAGGCACCAAUUCAAAUCCCUGACAUCCUUUAGAAGAUGA